GCUCAAGGAUACAGGUACAGGACACUGAUGUAGAGAUGUUUCUAUCUAAGUGCUUCGCAAUAGUGAUUUUCUCUAUGCAGUGUAUCUGGCCGCGCUGUGGUUUAGCUCUCAACUAGAAAUCUUAUUUGUGUAGUUUGUUUUUACAAUUAAACCUACGCGGGCUACGAAUUGUUGAUUUUCGUUUUCCCUUCACAAAGACAAAUUAGCACCCUUUCGUUCUUGCAUCAGAGGACAAAAUGGACGAAAAUUUCUUGGAUCAUUUCCACCAGCUCGCGACGACGGUGCCGGAGCCACGAUGCAGAGCGGGAUUUCAGAUCGUAUUUUAUUAGACUUCAAAAUGAUGAAAAUGAAAAAUGCAUCCCUGCAUGACAAAAUUUUUUACCAACUUCCUUUUGCAUCAAAAAUUGUUCAUCUUUCAAAUAUUCACAAACAGAUCCACCGCAUGGAGCGCGACGAGAAAAAAGCCGAAUACGCGCUCACUCGUCUGGUUCGCGGUCUGGUUUCCGCAAAUGGCGCCGCACGACAGGGAUUCGCGACAACGUUGGCUGAGUUGCUCGCCCGGCACCCUGAGCAGAUUAGCGACACUUUGGCCCUGGCGGAGCAACAGUAAAUACGAUUUGAUUUCAAGAAAAGGUUUCGCUUUUGUAGUUCAGUGGCACACAAAGAACAGUUCGUUUUGCAAUUUCUCAUUUUUCAAAAAAAAGAAAAUCCUUUCCACAACCUCAAUCCGCAGGUUCCGCAAGGACAACGAUGCAGUUGCGGCAUCCGACCGGGACGUCUUGCUUGGCCGGUUGUGCCUUUACAAGGCAGUUCUGAGUGUCGACGCGGAGCUGAGCAGCAAAAUCGAGCUCAAGGUUGUUUCCGGUUUACGGGAACUGUUUCACGCGAAAUCCUACCUGCAGGCACCGGCAACCCGAACGUUGCUGAGUUACUUAGAAAAUAUCAACCAAGAUAAAACUAGCAAAGCCGACCGUGUCGCCGCCUUGGCCCGGUUUUUCAUCGUCAACGGCGAGAAAGAAUUGCUCCUUUCUGAAGGAAAAGCAAAGCCUUUACUCGCGGGGGAAGUGAAGAACAUGCACCACAUGGGACUGGUUCUGGCGCUGAGAAAUGCUGGUGGGAAAAGCAAGAACCCAUUAAAGCAGAAGUUGCCGAACGUAGCCGAGAAGGGGAAGAACCUGAACAGUUUGCUGCACUACUUGGUGCAGUAUCUGAAGCCGAACAAGGAAAAUUACACCGACUACCAGCCCUGGUUCUUCGAAUUUCUCUUGCAGGAGUUGUAUCCGAUAGUAGCGGCCGAAGGAACAUCAGACCAGAAUCUUGCAGCGGCGGAUAACAUCAAAGCGACCUACUUCACGGAAGCGGAGCAGGUCAGCAACUUGCUCUUCGAUGCCAUUUCCAAAGCGCUGCACACGACGGCGAUCAUUUCCCAACAAGACCAGCAGGAAACUACAAAUGAGAAAAGCAACAAAAACAACAAAAUCCACGCGAAGCAGCACAAGGAGCGACUGACCCAGUCGGAGCACGUGACGAAAAAGUGUCUUGCUCUGCUCCAACUUUCCCUCGAACACCUGAAAUCCGCGACCGCCGGCGCCGCCGCGCUUCCCGCACUGUGGAAGUCCUGCUUGGUGCAGGCGUUUUGCGCCUCGCUAGCGAGCGCGAGCAACAAAAAGCAAACCAAGAACGAGGCGAACGAAAUUUUGGAAAAAACGGUUCGGAAGUGCUUUGUGGCAACUGGAGAGGAAAAGAACAGUUUCGCCUGCGCGGAUCUGGAGCUGAAGGACAAAUAUUUCUACCAGGCGUACGAAAAUUUGGUGAGACUCCAAGAGUACAAGCAGCUGCCCCCCCGACUGCAGCGCAGCUUGCUGUCCCUGUUGGUUUCUCGGCUCUCCGUGGAGAAGGCGAACUUAGUUGCGGUGAAGGUCUUGAACGUGCAGAACAGUGUCAGUAGUACCAAGCUAGCGUCAGCUGGUUCCGCACCGACACAUCUCCACUUCCUCGAACCAGAAUUGAUCCACGCGCUCACCGCGCACCCGAAGGCUUCUCGGCACGUGCAAUUGGCGAGCUUGGCGGCGUUUUUGCUCCACUUCGCGAACCCAACUGCGGACGCGAAGAGGGAAGCACAGAAAGUGCUGGACAGCACUUCGGUAGGUGCGGAAAACAAGAACGGUAGUAGUAUCCAACUGGCAGCAAUGGUUAUCGCCGGACAAAAAGUGCCAGAAGAAAAGCAGAAGGUGUGGCGCGCGCAGUUCUGGAAGCUGCUGAAUUCGGUAUUGAAAAAGUGCAGCAAAGUACAGGACCGCUUGCUAAUCCUCCGCUUUGUGUACUUGUUCCGGACAGAGAAGUCACUUCCCAACAUCCCGGAAAGCGUCCAACUGCUCGACCGGGAAAUGAGCGACGGCGCGGGGUCCACUGCUUCUUCGGCGAGCACCGGCUCUUUGCUGCAGCUGAUGCUGUCCGUGCAGUGCGUGCAGGGACUGGAGGAGGGAAGUAGGGAGAAAAUGGAAGAAACGCUGGAACAAUUAGGCAGUUUGGUCACCUUUUCACCACCAGCAGGGAAAAAGCAGAAGAAAAACAAGGACUCGAACAACAGUAAAUCUACUUCUACCUCCCAGAGCUGCGCUUCUGUGGACGCCGCGGGCGUGGCGGAGUUUCUGCCGCAGUUGUAUGCGGACAUGCAGGGCUUUGUGAAGGAAGCCGUCGAGCGCUGUUGGACGGACAUUCUGCCCCCGCUUUUCCAAGAUUUCGAUAAUGAGGUACUAUUAUAAAUAAAGAUUCUCUUUAUUUCCUUCUAUUUCUCGUGAUUUGCUUCGUAAAUUCCUAGACCAUAACGGAUACUUCGGAAACAAAUUGCAUACCGAUCACAUCACAAAAAAUUCUGACAGGCCGAUCCCGCGAUGGCAGAGGAGUUAAAAACCGCGGUGAAAUACGUUUCCAGCGACAGCGUCGCCCGGUCCCGGGGGAUGAUGAUGUUACUGGCAUUAUGCGGAACUCUGUUCGACGAGCAGGUUCAACAGGAGGACGAGGAUGCCGAGGGAUCCGAUGUUGGCAGCGACGACGAGGAUGUGGAGGUCGGGAACAAAGAAGUAUCGGAGGACGAUAAUGACGGGGAAGAUGAUGAUGAUGAGCACGCGGAUGAAAAUCAAAAGGUUAAAUCAUCAGACCGACAGCUAGAGGACAGUUCCACUGCAGCUGGAGUUCCUUCAUCCACUGGUGCUCCACCAACAACCUCGACCACCGCGAACCCCUUUGAAGAAAUAGCGGUGGCGGAUGAGGAGCAGCUCCUCACGAUCCUCACGGAGGACGACGCAAACGAGGAGAUGAAGCAGCUGGGGCAAGCCUUCGGUGUGAACAACGAAACCAACCCGAAGAUGGCGGACCAGCACCGGCGGCAGCAGGAAUUGAAGAGUCACUUGGCAAACAUCGUGAAGCAGAUCAAAUAUCUCGAUUUGCUGCAGGGCUAUUUGGACUUCGCGGUUUGUUCGGGAAGUUCGAGUUCCAGUGGCAGCAGCGGUGGUAAAGCUAUUGACACGGAGUUGCCGCUGUUCGCGUUGGACAUUCUGCAGCAGCUUUUUGACGCGUUGAAGGUGGCGAGCAAACGGUGCGCGAAGCUGACCAGCGGGAAGGGUCAGCAGCACAACGUAAACGCCGAGUGCACGAGCAAGUUGCGAGACAUCGUGCGGAAGAACUGCGAGAAGGUGCUCCGGAAGGUGCCAGAGAGCUUGCGAAAAAACUUCGGGGAGCACGUGGUGUCGGUGUGUCAGCACCAAAGGAAGAAGCUCCCCGCGCUCUUCGAAGCGGGAGGAAUCGCUGCGGUCAGUGCAUUGGCGGGAGCGGAAGGGGGAGCUGUUUCUGCUGCUGGAGGAUCGUCUUCCUCGUCGAGCUGUACUAGCGGGGACAAUACCUCAGCUGCCCGAAGCACAGCAAGGCUGCAAGGAACGGUUGUGAAAGGUACUUCAUUGCUUUUUUUUGUUGCUCAUCUUUAGGCAUGCGCAUCGUAUCUGUUUUUACUGUGUACUAUUGCUGUUCUGUGGGCAGCGCGAGUCCUCGACUGAUUCUGGCAGGCAAGAAUUAUGAAACAACUAGCGUCCCGGUUUGUCCUCGCACUCAGGGAAUGUCUUGAGCAUUUUUUUCCAAAAUCUUCAACCUAAAACCCCAUUCCAGACACCCUGCUUCACUGGAUCAAGAAGGACGACACGAAGUGGGCGCCAACGUUCCUGAAAGCCGUAAGCGACCGGUUUCCCGCGACGUUUGUGGACUUUGAUUUCGAAGAUUUAUUCAAAACCGAGGGCGCAAAGCCGUACUGCAAAAACGAGAUUCGCAGCUUCCUGGUGCACCUAUUGCAGCGAAAUUACAAGAACAUGGUAUAGAGGUUGUGAUUUUAGUGUUUUUUUUUGUGUCUGUAGUGGUUUCAAUCUUUCUCAGCACCUUGCCGUAGUGGAGCUUGGUUUCUCUCCACGAGUUUUGGUAGUAGCACUUGCAAGCGGUCUCAGCAUGGCAAAUCUUUUGUGCGACAUCAUCCCAGGUUCUCCUACGAAAAACCGACACCCUCGUCCACCUCUGCCUGGACGCAAUGGACAACAAGAAAACCGCGGAAUUAGCCGGGAAAGACUUACUGCACAUCCUUGAAUGCUGUCUGAAGUCCCCAGCGACAGUGGGAAUUAUGGAGAAGCAGCGAAUAGAGGAACGCACGGCGGGAUUGAGGCAGCAGCUGCAGGAUAAGAAUUUGAAGAACAAGGUGUACAAGAUGCUGUGCCAAGCGGAGAAGUUAAUUGCCAAGCUUCCAGAAUACCAGGUCAAGCCUGUAGCGACACCUUCCACGACGGCAGAUAAGGGAGCAGUCACGCCAAUAACUUCCAUUGCAGAGAAAAAGCAAACCCCAGCGACCACUGCAGCACCAGCGACCAUUGGUGGAAGCAAAAAGCGAAAACGAAGUAAAUCCUUCGAUGAGGAAGCGAAGGCCGGCGCGGUGAUAGAAACGAAGGCAACAGAGGGGGGAGAACAAGCGGCAUCAGGAGCUAGCCUCGAUGCUGGGAGAAAGGGCAGCGCCGGAGAGGGGCAAGAAGUGACUGCAAACCCACCCGCAAAGAAGAAGAAAAAGAAGAACAAGAAAGUUUGAGUUCUUGUUUCCAUUGUGUAAAUGCCAUCAUUGGAAAUUCACAUUCAACUGAUUUCAUAUGCGCAGAUCAAUCAUGUCGGGGUGCAAGACUAAGACUCUUGUACAUCUGUUAUGUAUAUAUACUACAAUGACUUUCUCCUAAGGGAAUUCGAU